AAACUCAGGAAAAAAAACAGUUUGAUGAUGAACAUGUCGUCUUCCUCGACAUCAUCCCCUGCCUUGUUUCUCCCUCUCUCCAAGAACCCUACCUGCAACAAAACCCAAGAAGUUCCAAAACAUACCCAGAUCUCAAAACCAGUUCACAGACAGAACCAAUGUGUCAAAACUCAAAAUUCACACCUCAAACUCACCAAAAGGAAUCUACUGAGUUCAGCUGCCUUAGGGCUUACGUCAUCCCUCGGGACGUUUCUUGCCCGGCCCGCAAGAGCUGAGCCGGAGGCUCCCAUCAAGUCCACCUCGAACAGGGUAUCGUAUUCGAGGUUCCUGCAAUACCUAGAUGAAGAUAUGGUGAGAAAAGUAGACUUGUUUGAGAAGGGUACAGUGGCUAUCGCAGAGGUUUUCAACUCGACGUUGGGGAAAAUGCAAAGGGUUAAGGUCAAUUUGCCUGGUUUGCCUGCCGAUUUGGUGAGGAAGAUGAAGGAGAAGAACGUUGAUUUCGCGGCUCAUCCCACGGAUGUGAACUGGGGAGCUUUCUUGCUUGAUUCCUUGGGAAAUUUUGGGUUUCCUCUUCUCUUGCUUGGCUCUCUUCUUCUUAGGUCUUCUUCCCCUGUUGGACCUAAUUUACCGUUUGGUCUUGGAAGAAGCAAAGCAAGAUUCCAGAUGGAACCCAACACGGGGGUAACGUUUGACGACGUAGCUGGAGUAGACAAGGCGAAACAAGACUUUCAAGAAAUCGUCGAGUUUUUGAAAACCCCGGAGAAAUUCUCAGCCGUGGGGGCUAAAAUCCCGAAAGGCGUAUUGUUGGUCGGACCGCCGGGAACAGGGAAAACCCUUUUGGCCAAGGCCAUAGCCGGAGAAGCCGGCGAUCCGUUCUUCUCAUUGUCCGGUUCAGAGUUCAUAGAGAUGUUUGUGGGCGUUGGAGCUUCUAGGGUUAGAGACUUGUUCAACAAAGCAAAGGCAAAUUCGCCGUGUUUGGUGUUCAUUGAUGAGAUCGAUGCGGUCGGGAGGCAAAGAGGCACUGGUAUAGGCGGAGGGAAUGACGAACGUGAACAGACAUUGAACCAGUUGUUAAUCGAAAUGGACGGAUGCACCGGUAACACCGGAGUGAUCGUGAUCGCUGCCACGAACCGGCCAGAGAUUCUUGACUCUGCUCUCCUUUGACCCGGAAGAUUCGAUCGGCAGGUUACGGUAGGAUUGCCAGACGUGAGAGGAAGAGAGAUACUAAAAGUUCACAGCCAGAACAAGAAACUCGAUAAAGAAGUGUCUCUUAACGUGAUCGCCGUGAGAACUCCAGGGUUCAGCGGAGCUGACCUGGCAAACCUCAUGAACGAAGCCGCCAUUCUCGCCGGCAGGAGAGGAAAAGACAGAAUUACCCCUAAGGAGAUCGACGAGUCCAUCGACCGGAUUGUCGCCGGAAUGGAGGGAACCAAGAUGACCGACGGCAAGAGCAAAGCCCUCGUCGCGUACCAUGAAGUCGGACACGCCGUUUGCGCUUAAGUCGCCCGGACAUUGACGCCCGGUCAUGAUCCGGUUCAGAAGGUGACAUUGAUUCCAAGAGGCCAAGCUCGUGGGCUGACGUGGUUCUUACCGGGAGAAGACCCGACAUUGGUCUCGAAACAGCAGUUGUUCGCAAAAAUUGUCGGAGGACUCAGGAGGCCGAGCAGCCGAGGAAUGAUUUUUGGUGAACCGGAGGUAACCACCGGCGCCGCCGGCGAUCGCCUUCAGGUCACCCAAAUCGCGAAACAGAUGGUGACGAUGUAUGGAAUGUCAGAGAUAGGUCCAUGGGCAUUGACGGACCCAGCGGUUCAGCAAAACGACGUCGUACUAAGGAUGAUGGCAAGAAACUCCAUAUCGGAGAAACUUGCAGAAGACAUCGACAACUGCGUGAGGAAGAUAAUCGAAAACGCGUACGAGAUUGCGAAGAAACACGUAAGGAACAACAGAGAAGCCAUAGAUAAGCUUGUGGAUGUGUUGUUGGAGAAGGAGACGUUAUCCGGAGAUGAGUUUAGGGCAAUUUUGUCUGAAUUCACUGACGAUGUACCAUUGAACAAGGUUGAGAGAAUCAGAGACCUGAUCGGUGUCUGAAUAUAUAUAUAUAUAUAUAU